AUGUCGGCAGAUUUGAAGCCCGUUUAUGAGACGAUCGACAAGCGGCGCAACGAAUGGAUUCAAAUAUUGAAGGAGUCGAUCGCCAUCGAGUCGGUGUCCUCGGAUCCGGCAAGACGCGGAGACGUUCGACGGAUGGUGGAGUGGACGAUGGCAUACCUGUCCAAACAAGGAGCGAAAUGCUGGCUGGAGGAGCUUGGCGAACAAACACUUCACGACGGGAAGAAAUUGCCACUCCCACCCUGCCUUCUUGGCGAGCUCGGUCACGAUCCCAAGAAGAAGACUGUGCUCCUCUACGGACAUUUGGACGUGCAACCGGCGCGAAAGGAAGAUGGCUGGAACACGGAACCUUUUCUGAUGGUGGAGAGUGAUGGCAAGCUGUGGGGCCGCGGAACAAGCGACGACAAGGGCCCGGUGUUGUCCUGGAUCCACGCCAUUCAAGUUCUCAACGAGCACAAAAUUGAGAUUCCCGUGAACAUCAAGUUCUGCUUCGAGGCAAUGGAAGAGAGCGGGUCCGAGGGAUUGACUGAGCUUCUGCAGCGGAAAAAGGCGGACGGCUGGCUGGCGGACGUCGAGUACACCUGCAUCUCGGAUUCGUACUGGCUGGGCACGGAGAAGCCGUGUCUUUCAUAUGGACUUCGUGGUAUCUGCUCGUACCACGUCGAAGUCUCCGGCUUGCAACAGGAUCUGCAUUCCGGAGUGUAUGGCGGCAGCGUUUACGAGCCGCUCAACGAUCUGUUCUAUCUGAUGUCCCAGCUGAUGGAUGUCAACGGAAAGAUUUUGAUCCCAGGCAUCAUGGAUCAGGUUGCGGAAGUGACGCAGAUCGAAAAGGAGGCUUACGAAAAAAUCGACUUUGACGUGAAAGAAUACCGCGAAAGUGUGGGGGCCGCUAAAUUGCCGUCGGAACACAAGGAGACACUGCUGAUGAACCGUUGGCGUUUCCCGAGCUUGUCGGUGCACGGAGUCGAGGGAGCAUUCUCGGAUCCGGGCGACAAGACGGUGAUCCCCUCGAAAGUAUCUGGAAAAUUCUCCAUUCGCGUCGUGCCGAACAUGGAGCCGGAGAAGAUCAAUUCCUUGGUCGCCAAAUACCUCAACGAGCUGUGGGAAAAGCGAGGCUCCGGAAACAAGAUGAAGCUCAUCACAAAUCAAGGCUCCGUCCCCUGGGUCCACCCAAUUGACCACCCACACUUCAAAGCCGCCAGUCGAGCAGUGAAGAAAGUGUACAACGUAGAGCCUGAUUUCAUCCGCGAGGGCUGCAGCAUUCCGAUCACGUUGACUUUCCAGGAGCUCACCGGCCAUUCUGUGAUUCUCCUGCCGACGAACGCGUCGGACUCCAUGGCUCACUCGCAGAACGAGAAGAUGCGCACUCACUGCUACAUCGAUGGCAUCAAGCUCCUCGCCACCUACCUGAUGGAACUUGGACAU